AUGCAGACAAAUCAAACCACUGUGACUGAGUUCAUCCUUGUUGGAUUCAUGGACCACCCAGAGCUUCAGAUCCCCCUCUUCAUCAUCUUUCUGCUCAUCUAUCUCAUCACACUGGUGGGAAACAUUGGGAUAACCAUUCUAACAAAAAUUUAUGCUAGGUUUCACACCCCAAUGUAUUUUUUUCUUAGAAAUCUCUCCAUUAUAGAUAUUAGUCUUUCUACUACUAUUGCCCCUAAAUUGUUGACAACAUUUGUAAAAGAACAUUCAACAAUUUCCUUCACAGGAUGCACCACACAAUUCUUCUUUUUUGCCAUCUUUGUGACCACUGAAGGUUGCCUUCUGGCUGUGAUGGCAUAUGAUCGCUUCACAGCAAUCUGCAACCCAUUGCUAUAUUUUGUUAUUAUGUCAAAGAAGCUUUGCAUCCUCUUAAUCAUAGCUGCCUAUGCUUGUGGCUUUGCAAGUUCAGUAGUCCAGACCAUAUUUAUUUUCACUUUGAAUUUCUGCAGCUCCAAUACAAUUAAUCAUUUUUUCUGUGAUGUUCCUUCAAUGCUUCAAUUGUCCUGUUCAGAUACCCACAUUGCUCACUUUGUGCAUUUUGUUAUAUCCACUGCAAUUGCACUGACAACCUUUCUGACUGUUUUGAUUUCCUACAUUGCCAUUGUUAUUGCCAUCCUGAAGAUCAGCUCUGCCCAGGGAAGAUACAAAGCCUUCUCCACCUGUGCCUCCCAUCUCACCACUGUAACCAUUUUCUUUGGAACCAUCAUCUUCAUGUACAUACGACCUGGCUCCAAUUUCUCAUUGGAUAAAGACAAAAUCAUAUCCGUCUUUUAUACUGUUGUCAUCUCCUCACUUAAUCCACUCAUCUACAGUCUGCGGAACAGAGAGGUGAAGGAUGCCGUUAGCAGAAUGCUAAACAAGAUAAUAUUCCUCAAAUAAAAAUGGUAUAAUUGUUACUUCCUUCAUUUUAAAAAAGAAGGCCAUACUUUCAUUUAUCUGUGAAAAAUUAUUUUAAAUGUUUGUUACUAUUUUGAGCAGUUGAGAAAAGAGCUGGAAUUUUAUAUAAGUUAUCCAAAGCCUAAGGGGGGAAAAAAUGAAAAAUGAAAGCACAAUGCAUUUUUAAAUUGAGAACAAUGCAUUUUUAAAUUGAUCUAACAGAAUGUUAUUUGUUUUUCAUUAAAUCAAAACAAAGAAAAUUAUAUCUGAAUGUUUUUUCCUGCGUAAAUGGUGCAUGGAUCUUCAAGAUCUGGGACUUUAACAUCUUUAGUUCUGGAUGGGGGGAUGCUAUCCAAGAAAGACUGAAUCUGCAACUUGAGGUUUCUUCUGGAUUUGCAAUUCCUGUUCAAAGAACAGGUGGAAGUCACAGCUAGGAGAACCUUUGCACAAUUUUCUCUUGUGCACCAGUUGCAGCCUUUCCUGGAUCAGGAGUCCCUACACUCAGUCACGCAAGCCCUAGUCAUCUCAGGUUUGGACCACUGCAAUAGGGCUACCUUGAAGAGUAUUCAGAAGCUAUAGCUGGAGCAAAGUCAGUUGUGGGAUUCAGCCGGUUCACACCACUUUGGCAGAACCGGUAGCUAAUUUUUUGUUGCCCAGGCCCAGAACAGACUUCCAGAAGUGGCAUCCACACAGAGAACCGGUUGUUCACAUAUUUGAAUCCCACCACUGAGCAAAGUGCAGCAAUGCAGGCAGUUCUUAAGGACCCUAAAGUGGCCCCAUGUUAUACCAUUGCUCCACAAGUUGUACUGGUUGCUGGUUUGCUCCUGGGUGCAAUUCAGUGUGUUACUUAUUACCUUUACCUGCAUGGGUCCAGGUUACUUGAGGAACUGUCUCAUCCUGAUGGGACUGGCCUGCCCUACUCACCUCAGAGGCAUAUUAUGGUAGACGGGGGCAUACUGUGGAUCCUGUCAGUCAAGGAAUUUCAGCUGGCAGGGUUUAGGAGAAGAGUCUUCUCUGUCGUGGUUCCUAUCCUUUGGAAUAUCCUGAGGAGAGAUUGGAUCCUACCCUACUGAUUUUCUGUAAGAGCCUUAAGAUUAAGGUUCUGCCAGAUGGCUUAAGGCCCCAAUGGGGGAGCUUCAAACUGGAGCUGGUGGAUUAAGUAAGAGAUAAUCCCAGCCCCCACCCAUGCAUUCAACUGCCUCUUUCUCCAUCUUGUGUGUCAAUGAUUUUCUUCUUUUUGUAUUGUGAUUUUAUUGGGUAUAUAUAUAUAUAUAUAUAUAUAUGUGUGAUGAUUUUACGCAGUAAGUCACCCAGAGUCACUUAGAAAUGAGAUGGGUGGCAAACAAGUUUAAUAAAUAAAUAAAAUAAUGUUCUUAAAGCAAGCACACCUUGCUUUAAGAGAGUUUGGCUUUUACCAUGUGACGUUCAGCAGUGAUUUUAUUGAUUGAUUAGUUGAUUUGAUAUGAUUUGAUUUCUAUAUUCACCCAUCUCAACAAGUCACUCUGGGCAGCAUACAUCAUAAAAUAUAGUUUUAUACAACUUUGAUAUAAAUAUUUGGACUAGAGUGUGAAAGGGAUGAUUGAUAUCAGCAGGACUGUGGACAAUGUCACAAUCAAGCCUCACUGCUUUCGUACUUGCCCAGCAUGUACACAACAAGCAGGGCUCGGAUCACUAUAUCACAUCUGCUUUUUUCCAGAUUUUGACCCACAACUCCAGAAUCACAGGUUAACAUUUUCAGAUUCUAUCAUAGCUAGGUUCAUUCUAAAUGGACCAAUAUUUUAAACUAGUAAAUUAUAGUUACCAAUAGAACAUGUAAGCUUUUGACAUCUCCAGAACUCUUUAUCAAAAUGUAUGCUACUAAAACUAGGACAACUAAGAAACCCAGAAUUUCAAAAACUAGGUCAAGGUUGUGGUAAUGAGGGCUACAGCUUAAAUCAGAAUGAAAAUGUGAAAUUGCAGACAAAAUGCAUUAAUGACUAAUAUUAGCAAAAUCUAAACACAAUAGAAAAGAAUACAUGUACCUCAGAGUUGAACUGUAGAAUUCUCGGUGCUCUCUGAGUUUAGUUGUUUGCUUGCAGACAUUUCAUUACCCGACAAAGUAACAUAAUCAGUGCUAGGAUAGCACUGAUGAAGUUAUUUAGCUGGAUAACAAAACAUCAGCAAGCAAACAACACUCAGUGAGCAUCAAGGAACAACAUAAUUCUGAAUACCUAACAUUCUGGAACACUGAAACAACUAGCAUAAGGAAAUGUUAGUUAACUUGACAUGUUCUGAUAUAGUUAAAAAGGUUAAAUAUUUGGGAGUGUAUAUAACAGCUUCCAAUGUAAAAUUGUAUAAAAAUAAUUAUGAAACAUUAUGGACUAAAGUGCAGAAGGAUCUGAAUGAUUGGAAAAAAUUACAAUUAUCUUUGUUUGGGAGAAUUUCUGCUGUUAAGAUGAAUGUUCUACCAAAAUUUCUUUUUCUGUUUCAGAUGAUACCUAUUUUGAAGAAAAAUGUCA